GUUGGGUGAAGAAAGCCGGGACUGGGGGUCAUGGCGGGCGCCGAGAGUGGGAACGCGACUGGAGCUGAGGCCCCGCAGCCCCAGAAGCGCUACUACCGGCAACGUGCUCACUCCAACCCCAUGGCGGACCAUACGCUGCGCUACCCUGUGAAGCCGGAGGAGAUGGACUGGUCUGAGCUAUACCCAGAGUUCUUCACUCCACUCACUCAAAAUGGUAGCCAUGAUGAUCCAAAGGAUAAGAAAGAAAAGAGAGCUCAGGCUCAAGUGGAGUUUGCAGACAUAGGCUGUGGCUAUGGUGGACUGUUAGUGGAACUGUCACCGCUGUUCCCAGACACGCUGAUUCUGGGUCUGGAGAUCCGGGUGAAGGUCUCAGACUAUGUACAAGACAGGAUUCGGGCCCUACGCGCAGCUCCUGGAGGUGGCUUCCAGAACAUCGCCUGUCUUCGUAGUAAUGCCAUGAAGCACCUUCCUAACUUCUUCCACAAGGGCCAGCUGACAAAGAUGUUCUUCCUCUUCCCUGAUCCACAUUUCAAGCGGACAAAGCACAAGUGGCGAAUCAUCAGUCCCACACUGCUGGCAGAAUAUGCCUACGUGCUGAGAGUUGGGGGGCUGGUAUAUACCAUAACUGAUGUGCUGGAGCUACACAACUGGAUGUGCACCCAUUUUGAAGGGCACCCCCUGUUUGAGCGUGUGCCUCUAGAGGAGCUGAGUGAAGACCCCAUUGUGGAACAUCUAGGCACCUCAACGGAGGAGGGAAAGAAAGUGCUACGCAAUGGAGGAAAGAAUUUCCCAGCCAUCUUUCGAAGAAUACAGGAUCCCACCUUCCAGGCAGUGACCCCCAAUCCUACCCUGCCUGGCCACUGACUGCUUACCCUGCCUUAGCUGGACCCCACCUUCCAGGGAUUGCAAAGAAGAUCAGACCCCCCUUGGGCUUCCCAGCCAAGACUGCUAGGGCUGAGAGGCAGUGAUCUCUCAAAGAAGUUGGGGCACUGCCUAGGGCAGAACCCUGAUGUUCACAACUACCCCCGGCUCCUCUAACCUUCCUGUCCCUCCACUGCCAGCAAAAAGCAAAAGAAGCUGACUAGGAAGGUGAAAGGACCUUGGACCAGAGGGGAUCUUUGGAAGGGUGUGGGGUCUUGCUCUUCCUUAGCACACCCUUUUCCUGUGGGAUCUCUCUUCAGCUGAAGUGAGGAGUGCAGUGCUCCCCUGUCUGUUUAAACUGCCUGCGAGACUCAAGUCACCCGUUCACUUGUGUUUACCCUGUGGUCCUGGGAUAAUGUGUAUGUGUGUGCACGUGCCCAUGCUACUGUUUCUCAGCAAAGCCUGGAGUGUGUAUCACGUGCCUUCUCCCAUCCUCCCAUCCACCCCCUGUCUGAGCCCUGACCUGGGGAAUCUGUGCUCACUUUACAA